UCGGCGUCAUCAUCUUCACAAUCCAAGCCCUUGUUCCUGUGUUAUCCCUAUGUCACCCACAUGCUCGUCAAAGGCAACUUCAAAACCAUCAUCGAGUUACCCAAAUAUGUCGAUGUCAACGAAUGGCUCGCAUUCAACACGUUCGAGUUCUUCAAUUACCUCAACUUAUUCUACAGCUCCAUUACGGAUUUCUGCACAACACAGUCAUGUCCUAACAUGUCAGGCGGGCCAGGUGUGGAAUAUACAUGGACGGAUAGUCAAUCCAAGAAAAUCAAGCUACCGGCACCGCAAUACAUUGAUUACAUGGCAACAAGCAUAGAGAACCUGCUCAAUGACGAAUCCAUUUUUCCUACCAAAGCAGGUCGAGAUUUUCCACGCGAUUUCCCGGUGAUUGUGAAGCGAGUGUUUGGACAAUUAUUGCGAUUGUUUGCUCACAUCUAUCAUCAUCAUUUCGAUAAGGUGUUAUCGCUCAACGAGGAAGCGCAUUACAACUCUCUUUUCGCCCACUUUAUAUCCUUUGCCAGAGAAUUCGAUUUACUAGACAAGAAAGAAACGCAA